UUUUUCUUGCUGUACCGAACCGUGACCUCCAAACCGAGGUACGAACCGAACCGUGACUUCUGUGAACCGUUACACCCCUAAUAUAUAUAUAUAUGUUUAAAAAUUAGAAACAUGGGUGCUGAUUCAAAGACAUGGAAAAAAAAGAAAGUGUAAUGUGUAUUUGUAAAGCGCUUUGAGCAUCUGGAAAAGCACUAUAAUAAAUGUAAGGAAUUAUUAUUAUUAUUAAUAUUAUGGACCAGGCUAAAUAAAUCACAUGGAUGAAAGAAAUAAGAAAAGAUAACUCAUUAUUCAUCAGGCCUCCCCAGGCCUUUUGCACUGAACACUGAAAUAUAAUGACAUACCAUAGUGACAUUUUCUUCAUGCGACACACAAGGGAAUACACUGCCACGGAAAUAAAGAACAAUGACUUUUCCUUUACUGUAAAUUAGUUUACAUUUGUGAAUUUACACACAUUAUUUAUUUUGGAAUUAAAUGAUACUUGAAAUGAUCUAAAUACUGCUUUUCUCUCAUACAAUGUUCAAUAUUGUGUUAUUCUAAUGGGAUAUAAAAGUCGUUUUAUAUGCAUGUGUACAUUAAUUCAAGCAACAGUAUUUCAAUAAAAACCUCCUAGGACUUUCAUGUUGUGUCUGCAUGUGGAAAGAAAAGAAAGGGUUCCUCUUUCUGGUUCAGUGAGAGUUUAGGAUAUCUUCGACACAAGAAGCUCUCUGAAGAGGACAUCUAAACAGAUUCCUGUACCACCGUCAGUUGAUGAACAUGAGGCGCUCUACAGACAUGUUCAACAUAUUAUAGGAACAAACCAAACCAACAAAGAGACUGCCCAAAUAAUUUAAAGGACAACGUUUCUCUGGACUGGCAAAAUGGCGAGUCUAAUUUAUUGGCUGUUUUCCGUUGCAUUUGUUCUUGGUGCAGUUCAAAUGGCCAGUGGUUACAGCUACAGCAACUGCAUUGAAGACGCCUACUGGAAAGGAACCUUUAAAUGUGUCAAUCGGGAGGAGACGAAGAUUACAAAUAUUACAAAAGACCUGCCGUCAUAUACUAUCAAUCUCACCAUCUCAAUUAAUCAUCUGGGGGUCAUUCCCGACAACAGCUUUGGUCAUCUCCAAAAACUUGAGCAACUCCGACUAGAUCGUAAUAACAUAACGACCAUCGGUCAAUUUGCUUUCAAGAACCUGCUUCAUCUCACGUCUCUGAACUUGUCCUUUAACCAAAUAUCAGAGCUUAACCCUGCUGUGUUUAAGGACCUGCACAACCUAACCUUUCUCUCGCUGACAAACAAUACAUUAAAGCGACUCCCCGGAGGCAUUUUCUCCACUCUUCUCAAACUGGAAACUUUAAUCAUGAGCCAAAACCAUCUGAACAACUUUUCAGAGGUCGCUGAGUCUGUGUCACAUUUAGUAAAUCUGACAAAAAUAGAUAUUUGCUUCAACAAUUUGACCUCUCUCAGCCACUCAAAUGUGUCACUACCCAAAUCCCUCACUACAUUAUAUUUGUCUAGAAAUAAUCUGUCUACAUUAGGAUGUAAUCAAUCCUUUCUCGAGAACAUCAAGGUGCUGGAUUUGUCUUACAAUCAGAGGCUGCCUACGAUGGCUUUUGAAGGAGUGGAUUUAAGGCGUGUAAGCUAUCUGCGUUUGCGUUCCACAAGUGUCAAGGUCAUGGAGUUUUUAAACAUCAGCAAUAUCAAUGCAGGUCACGUUGAUUUCUCUGACAUGGGCCUUGAAAAUGACACGGAGUUAUUAUGCAUAUUGUUAAAGGAAAAAAAUGGGGAAUCGAUAAAAAAUGUAAGCCUUGGUAGUAACAAGAUUGUGAAUCUGACAAAUAACAUUCUUAACCAAUGUCCUAACAUCACACAGGCUUUGGAUCUUUCCCACAAUAAACUGAGAAACAUAAGUUGUCUUAACUUUCUCGAUAGACAGACAAUGCUAAAGAGCGUCAAUUUAGAACACAACCAUCUCACCUUCCUGAAAUCUUGUAAACCACCACAAAUGGGUAAUUUAACCAAUAUAACAGAUCUGAGCUAUCGCUAUAACCGCAUCCUAUCGGUCGGCUCUUAUGCUUUCUAUCGAACACCAAAUAUCACGACACUACAGCUUAACAUAAACACAAUAGCUUAUCUCGAUCGUAAAGCUCUCAUGGGGUUAAACAAGCUGGAGACACUCCGUCUGGAUAAUAACCUCUUAACUGAUUUGUUCAGUGAGACCUUUGAAGAUACUUUCAACCUGAAAAUCCUCAACCUACGCAACAAUCGUAUCUCUGUCAUUUUUAAUAGGACCUUCCACAGUUUAAAGAAUCUUAACACACUGGACCUAGGAGGAAAUAAGAUUAGUCAUAUCACGCCAUCUGGCCUUGAUGGACUACAAAGUCUGUCCAAAUUCUAUCUCGAUGGAAACAACUUCCAAACGAUUGACACUUCCCUCUAUCGUGUAUUUCAAGACACGCUAACUGUUCUGGAUUUACAGAGUAAUCAGUUUCGUUUCCUCAAGGAAACGUACAGUUCACCAUUUAUGAACCUCAGCAAACUGAAGGAUCUGAAACUGGACGGGCAGCGACCACAUGGCCUCACAGUUUUACCCAAACAUUUUUUCCGUGGCCUCCACUCCCUGAAAUCUCUGUAUCUAACGAACAAUAACAUCUUCAAUCUUCCUCCCGAUGCCUUUGAUGAUCUGACAGGCUUACAUUUCCUCACAUUAGAUAACUGCUGUGUUGGGGUGACACAACUACAGCCAGGAAUCUUUAAAAAUCUAAGAAAUUUGACCCGAUUGACUGUUGAAAAUAUGGGUAUUCCGAACUUCACAAAAGAGGUUUUUGGGAAUCUCACAAAGUUGCACAUACUGCAGCUCAACCGCAAUGUCAUGCAGAGUAUUCGUUUGGACGCACUAGAAAGUUUACCUAAACUUCACUACCUCGACAUACGGAAUAUUCCUCUAAGCUGCACCUGUGAAAACAGCUUGCUGCAAAACUGGACAGUGCACAACAAAAAUACCCAGGUGGUCUAUCUCUACAAUCUUCCGUGCCCAAACCAAGAAAAAAGCAGAUUCCACAACUUUGACACCAAAGUUUGUUACAUAGAUUUGGAAGAGUACUUCUUCCUUAGCACAGCAGUUGUGAUCUUCCUGUUCACAGUAGCUCCUUUACUUUAUGUCAAACUGUACUGGAAAAUGAAGUAUGGCUACUAUGUGUUCAUUUCUUGGUUUGGUGAGCAGUGGCGCAGACUCAGAGAGAAGGAGGAAAAUUGCAAAUAUGACGCAUUUAUUUCCUAUAACUCCUCUGAUGAACAAUGGGUCAUGGACCAGUUAAUUCCGAACCUGGAGGGCAAUGGAUCGUCUUUUAAACUUUGUCUACAUCACAGGGACUUUGAGCUUGGCCGCAAUAUUGUGGACAACAUUGUCUCUGCUGUAUAUAGCAGCCGCAAAACUAUCUGUGUGGUGAGCAGGAAUUUCCUCAAGAGUGAGUGGUGUUCUCUGGAAAUCCAACUGGCCAGCUACCGCCUCUUCGAUGAGCACCGGGACGUCCUCCUGCUUGUGUGUCUGGAGCAAAUCUCAGAGAGGCAGGUGUCGUGCUAUCACAGCAUGAGGAAAGUCAUGUUGAAAAAGACUUAUCUGCAGUGGCCUAGCUCAGACUGCACUGACCCGACACAGGCCCAAGCGCUGUUUUGGAAUCAGCUAAGAAGGGCAAUAAGAUCCGGGAGCAGACAAGAAGCAGAGGAAAUUAACAAUGAAGUUCAUGAAGAAGAGGAACCUGGAAAUGUUGACACUCACACAUCAGAUGAAAAAUAUUACUUGCUUACUUGAAAAGACUUGAACAUUUUCAUUUGUGACUGUUGAGACAAACCUUUCAGUAUGUUCAAUGAAUGAUAAAAUGUUCUGCUGUUUGGAGAGGAACAUGGAAAUAUGGUGGAAAUGUGAAGUAUGAUCCAUUGUACUGUAAACUUUUAAUCCAUACAAGCAUUAAUCAGAGGUGUCAUUUAAUUUAUUGUGCUUUAAUUAAAAUGAUUAUUUCGUUGUAUUACACAAUUGUGAUAAUGUGUUUUAUUGCAGCCCACACAAAAUAUAUAAAAAAUGUUUUCACAAUAGCACAUCUGGCAAAGCUUCCCGU